CAGUCAGGACACGCGACAUUAAUCUUUCAAAUCUUACCUACAUACAGUUGUUGUAAUUAAUAUUUCCCGUUAAAGGAUCAUAACCAUUCGAUUUCGUUAAACUUCAUUUGAUCAAUCUCGCCAGGAUGUCGCGCAGGCCAGCAAAUCCUCAGGCUGAGCGUAUUGCGCAAAACACCCAAACCAUUAAGAGUCUAUUGAAACUCGAGUGUAAUAAGGUUUGUUGUGACUGCAAAAGAAAUAAACGUAGGUUCCAUCGCUAUCCUUCCAAUAAUUGUACGAGCCAGAAGCUGACAGCUGCAUUCGGGUUGACAGAUCCAAGAUGGGCAAGCUGGAACUUGGGAGUAUUCAUGUGCAUAAGAUGUUCUGGAAUACAUCGUGGAAUGGGAACGCACAUAAGCCGAGUGAAGUCGGUUGAUUUGGACUCCUGGACAGACGAACAAGUACAAAGCGUUUUGAAAUGGGGAAAUGCCAGAGCAAACAAGUAUUGGGAAGCAAAGCUGGCUCCAGGCCACGUACCAUCAGAAGCCAAGAUUGAGAACUUUAUAAGAACGAAAUACGAUUCGAAGAGGUGGGUGAUGGAUGGGCCAAUUCCUGAUCCCUCAACACUUGAUGUCGACGGAGAUGAUGAUAUGCCCCUUGGACUUGUUAAAGAAAAACACAACCUCGAGAGAUCGACAUCACAAAGGACAGCCCCACCAAGUAAAGCCCCUACUCCGAUCAGCGCUCCCCCGCAGCAGGAUCUCUUUGGCGAUGAUAUUGGGCCACCGCCGAGGGCGAGUACUGCCGGUCCGGUACCUGCAAGACCUCCGCCAAAAUCAGAGCCCGCUCCUCCAAAACAAACAAAACCAGCGGACUCCCUGUUGGGCUUGGACUUUUUUGGAACUGAGGCUGCUCCUCCCAAUCGACCGUCCAGUACAGCCCCAGCUCCAGGCACUCAGUCAAGACCCGAUCUGAAACAAUCAAUUUUAUCGCUAUAUGCAUCCACUCCCCGUCCUCAAGUACAGCAACAGACAUCACAUAUCUCACAUGCAUCAUCUGGAUCUUUUGGUGGUAUGCAAGCUGCACCACAGCAGUCACCACAACGUUCUACAUUCGGAGGUAUGAACGAUGCAUUUAGUAGCUUGAGUUUCUCAAAUUCUACAUCUCCUCCAGCUCAAUCAAAACCCACAGCCUUCUCCAACUUGGGUAACAUUUCCAGCCAUCGAUCCGCAGCUUCCGGGGGUCAAACAUCAUCCCCAUCGCUCAGUGGCGGCGGCUUUUUUGAUACGAAGCCCAAAGCAGCUCCUGCCCCUUCACAAGUAUCCCGCACAUUCAGCUCCUCAAGCGGUUUUGGAGCUUUUGAUUCGGCGCCAGGACAAUCUCCAGCUCCACAGUCCACAAAUGCUAGUUCCGCAUUAGGAGAUCUAUUCGACUUCUCCACACCUGCUGUACAAAGUGCUGCGGCGCCCAAGCAGACAAUCGCUUCGCCACCCAUUCAACCAUCCGUUUUCAACCUUUCAAGCGCAACAGCGACAUCACAAAAAUCUCCACCAGCGGCGCCCGCUAUGAGCAACGCUUGGGGCAAUACCGAUGCAUGGGGCUCAAAUGAUGCUUGGGGUAGCGCUGCCAAAAUAAGUCCAUCUCUUCCAAAGCCUGCACCACCUCAAACUAGCACUGGGGAUUUUGGUGGCUGGGGAGGGCUAUCGAACCAGAGUAUAGUACCAGGCGCUGGAGGUAGUUUUAAUACAAUUGUUAGUGCUCCAAAAGUGGCAGCAGAUGAUGAAUUUGGUGGAUGGAGUAGUGCAGCUCCAGCGCCUGCCGCGAAUGCGACUUCUGGAGCUGGAAAGCCUGCUGGGGGUUUCUCAUCGGGUGGUGAGGAUUUGUUCUCGAAUGUAUGGGAGUGAUGCAGAAAUACGGUACUGUGUGUAGGGGGAUGACAGGGACGAGAAUUUGGAGGGGGUAUAUGGAUAUGAACGGAUGGAUGGAUGAAAAAUGACAUGAACAUAGAUAUCCUAUAAAUGGCAGAUGAUUUCAAGGCGCAAUUUAGUCUGAUGUGUUUUUAUACAAUUUUCGCGUAGAUAUGUAUUCCACCCCUGAAAGCAAUAACCAACCGUGCAUAACGUAAUAUCGCCAUGUAUCCUGAUCCAUUCAUUCGUAAGAGUAUAUGCAGCCAUAACGCCGUUAGAAUGCCACAGCCGCAGUUUAAUAUAUCUGCCGAUGUCCAUACAUAUAAUACAAU